AUGGCGAAGCGAGAGCUUUCCAGCACGCUUAGGAACUUAAAGUUCAUGCAAAGAGCAACUCAGAGAGAGGAGAAGAAAGAAGAAGAUGUCAAACCUGCUGUCGAUUUUACUUUCCCUGCCAGCCAAAUAAGGAAGUGUAUGGUCAUAAUGGAAGGUGACCCCCAUCCUGGAGCAAUUAAAGGGCGGAUGUCGUUUCAAAGUUUUAAUCCAUUGAUUGAUAAACUGAAUGAAGCAUCGGCAAACCCUUGUCAGCCUGCUGCCACUUCUUCUGGUAUCCAAAGUGAAAAAGGGUCAUUUAGAGAAAAUGGGUCCUCAACGGAUGAAGCAGAAUGUUCAAAUACUAAUAAGUCGAAUUGUGAGCGUGAUGGAGACCAUAAAAGAAAACAGUCUGAAGUAGUUUCUGGAAAACAAUAUCCGAACAAGUCUCCCAAAGUUGAUCAAGGUGAUCAGCUGUCAUCACCAAAUAAAAGUAAAGGCUCGUUCAAGAAACCAAAGGGUGAAAAGCUGGACUGGAACAUUCUUAGACCGACAAAAAAUCAAAACAAAAGAGGUUGA